ACUGAGUGGGGCGCACGCGCAGUCUCGCUCCCGGAAGUGUCCCGUUCCCAGGGAGCAGGAAGCGAGCGAACAAACGGACGAGCCGGGCGGGCGGCGUAGGCAGGGAGUCGGACGUUGACCCUGACCCUGACCCUGCCAUGUCGGCCUACGACACCAAUCCGUUCGCCGACCCGGUAGACGUGAAUCCCUUCCAGGAUCCCUCAGUGACACAGCUGACACAUGCUAACCAAGGCAGCUUGGAUGAAUUCAAUCCCUUCUCUGAGAACUCCCGGCUGACAAAUGGAGCUCAGACAGUUCCAGCGACGCAGCCUGCUGGCCCUUCGCAACCCGCUGUCCUACAGCCAUCUGUGGAACCCACUCCACAGCUGCUGCUUAGACAGGCCACCAAGUACCAGCCGCCAAGGUUCAUCUCCGCGAGCAAGAAUUCAGAGAGACAGAGGCUGCUAGGAGAAGAUUUCAGUUCUCAGAAUAGCAACAAGGUAAAAGAGAUCCAGGGGAAGGCUGUAGUCUCAGCAGCCCAGGAUGGACUCCUUCACCAACAGGAGGAGCUGGAGAAGAAAGCAGCAGAGUUGGAGAGGAAGGAGCGAGAGUUGCAGAGUAAUGCAGCAAACUUUAACUCGAGACAGAACAAUUGGCCACCCUUUCCCAAGAGGUGUCCAAUCAAGCCAUGUUUCUAUCAGGACUUCUCUGCAGACAUCCCAGCCGAUCACCAGCGUACAUGCAAGAUGCUGUAUUACUUGUGGAUGCUUCAUUCAGUUACCCUGCUUCUAAACCUGCUUGCCUGCCUGGCAUGGUUCACCAUCCACUCCUACAGAGGAGUAGACUUUGGUCUCUCAAUCCUGUGGUUUGUUUUGUUCACCCCUUGUGCUUUCCUCUGUUGGUAUCGACCCAUCUACAAGGCUUUCAGGUCUGACAGCUCCUUCAGCUUCUUUGUGUUCUUCUUGAUCUUUUUCUGCCAAAUUGCAAUCUACAUCAUCCAGGCAGUUGGCAUUCCUGGCUGGGGAGACAGUGGUUGGAUUGCAGCUCUGGGCGAGACAAGCACAAACUUGGCUGUGUCCAUAAUCAUGAUGGUGGUGGCUACAUUCUUCACUCUGUGUGCUGUCCUCUCACUCUUCCUCCUAAAGAAGGUGCACUCUCUGUAUCGCCGGACAGGAGCCAGUUUCCAAAGGGCCCAGGAAGAGUUCUCCCAAGGCAUCCUCACCAACAGGAACUUCCAGAAUGCAGCUGCCGGGGCUGCCUCUUCAGCUGCGCAGGGCGCUUUCCGGAGAAACUAGCCCUUCCCAUGGGCACCUCCACCGUGCCCCCUUCCCCUUCCUUUUCCAUCACAACCUGAUCUUAAGAUGCACUUUCCACGGGCACCAUGCUAACUCCAUGACGCCGGCUGCUGAGAUGAGAAGAGGUCUCUGUAGCAUCAGCUCGUCUGCAUUUCUGGCGACUAGUUCUUCUUCUUUCCUUGCUUUGGGGUGGGGGGAUAGGGAAAUAUUCUCUUAAAUCAAAUAUAGCUCUCCUUAUCCAGGACAGGUUCGACAUUUCUUUUACUACCUCUCCUGCUUGCCCGUGCUCCAGUGAUAGAGAGCGGAAUCUCAUCACUUUUUAGCAACUCUUCCAUUGGGCUUUGCUCUGAAGGAUUUAUUUUGUAACUUACAUGAGGUGGGUGUUAAUAAUAAGGGAGAAAGCUGCCCUUUGUUUGAAACCUCUUACUGCCUGGCUCCCAUGGGGUCCGGUUAACGUGUGGCAUAAAGAGUGCUGUUGGGGAACUGCUCUUUGCCAUCCCAUCAUGGUGCAAAUCUCCCUCCCGCUUCUGUUUUUUCUCACCUUGGGGGAGGGUCCUACCCAAGGUUGUAUUAUGGAAUCUUAUUCCUGUAGCCCCCAGGAGAUGUGUGGAGGGUUAAUUAAUGGAGUGCAGCCUUCACCAUAGCCUUAAAUCUUGUGGGGGUGGGGAUAAUCUCUGUACCUCACCAGCCACUGUAGCAGCAUUUGAGAGACCAGCGGCUUCAUGGGGGACUCUGCGGGGUUGGGUAUGUGUCCCAUGGGAUUUAAGACGUGGUGCAGUGAAUUGAGCCAGCAAACCUUUUUUGAGAGGAAGUGAUCUAGACUUUAUACAGCUUGCUCAGCCCCUUGUGAGUGUGGUGCCGGGUUCAGAACACUACAUAUGCCUGCAGCUGGCCCUUCCUCUUCCCUGCCCAGCUUGUUCUCCACAUUUGAGAGGAUCGUCCCAUGGCGCUUUGUGAUUCCAGGGGAAAUUCGUACGUUUCUCAAGAGAGAGAAGUCUUGGUUGCAGCAUAUUCCUUUUUGAAAGCAGUGUCUGUGCAAAACCCUCUCGGGGCUGUUGCUGGAAGCACUUGCCAUCUUUUCUGGACUGCAUGCCUCUGUGUUUGACCUUGAGCAACUGGUUAGUUCUUGAGGUGCACUCCUGAGAGCUCUUGAGAUGGAGGAGUGGAAUCUGCUCUUUCUUUAGAUUUGUGAUUUCUGCAGUGAAAAAAAUACCUGCCCUUCACCAGCUGCUUUGUCUCCCCACCCCUUGAUGGGUGUUGAAUUUUUAGUAUCCUGGUCUUACAAGCCCCUUUUCUAACAGGGAAAAGUGUGGGGGAGAUUCACUUCUCCACCAGCAGGCUGAAAAGGGAUUAGGAGAGGGGAAAGCAGGAGUGCUCCUAUGCACUGAAGAAAUCCAGGAAUGCUGGGAAAGAGUGGGUAAAAGCCCUGAAAAUAAUGGUGUGAUCAUUUGCAAAUUGCUUAUAAUUGAUGAUGACAGCAUCGGUGUGGCUGUGCGAUGCGGAAACUCCUCCCCAGACUCAGCCUUGAUGCCUCUCUCUUCAGAGGCUGUGGAAACUCUUCAGGGCUUGCUGAGUGCAUCUGGAAGCUCCUGCUCUGAAGUGUGUUCAAAGUAAUUAUUCAGCCUGUCUAGAAAGAAGAAAAAGGCCAGCCUCCAGGACCCUGAGCUGUUUGCUCCUUGCUGUUGCUAUCAUUGGCGUCCGUGCCACCCAGUCUGUUGAGAAUUUUGCUCUUUCUGCAGAGGGAUUGAGUGGAGUUGGGGCGGGGGGAGUCUACUGUGGAAUUGGGACCCUUGGGGGUUUGCUUACAUCCAUAUUUGAUCUGGUUAACUAAUCAAAACAUAGUUAAUUAAUCCCUAUCAGAUUAGGGCCCAGGCCAUUUGGUUUGUGGGCUCUGAGGAAGAUGAAGGGCAGGGGAAAAAUUGGGAGGAGCAAAGUGCUUGAUACCUUCAUGUGAACAAAGGAGCAGUUAGUUUCCAUGGUGUGUGUUAUAUGGAAAUAGUGACUGGGUCAUCAUUAACCACCCCCCUUCCAGGGUAACGGUAAACCAGGUCUGUUUGAGCUGAUCCAGUGUACCUGGUGAGGUUUCCUCUAGCCUCUCACUUGUUUGAAUGUACAUGAUGAUGAAAAAAAUAGACUUUAAAAUCCCCCCCUUUCUGAUGUAUUUCCCUCUCUAAACUUUUCAUGUAAAAAUGUAUAUGUCAAGUCACACUUUUGUGCUUAAAUAAAAAACAAAAUAAACCUAACCCCCCAACCUUU